UCACCCAGCAGCACAGUUCAAAUUUGCAACGCGACACGCAAACAACAAUCUAAGCACGAGUAUGUCGAGAGUUAAGAAUCUAAUUGCCAAAAUGCUGCAGCGCCGCGGCAAGUGCAACGGCAGCAGCAGCGGCAGCGGCCACAACAACAAUAACAACAACUUCAGAGAUUGCCAGCACUACGAGAGUCUGGAGGAGAUUGCGCAGAAUCAGGCCAACGAACGCAUGCUGCAGGAGACAUCGAAUGCCGCACAUCAAUUGCUCUUCUGCCUGGAAACCGCAGACGGUUGCUUUUAUUGGCAUGCACAGUAGUAACAGCAACAACAACAACAACAACA